AGAUGGCCACUCUCGAUCAAUGAAACUCGAGUAAAUUUUUCGUAGUAAAAUCGUAAUCGUGGGUUUGUGACAAGGUGUAGUUAUACGUAAGGUGUAUUUUGAGUGUAAAUGGGCCAUGGGAAAAGAUCAAGAGCUGCUGGAGGCAGCAAGAAGCGGCAAUGUCACCGUCGUCGAGAAAAUAUUGGGUCAACGAGCCAAAAGGAGUGGUCCACUGGCAAGCUUACGUCGAGGACCGGGAGCUAACGUGCAAGAUGCAAGUGGAUAUUCGUCUCUCCAUCACGCUGCCCUGAAUGGACACAAGGACAUCGUGAAACUCUUAUUGCAAUACGAAGCCUCGACAAACGUAGUCGACGCGAAAGGUUCGUCGCCACUUCAUUUGGCAGCCUGGGCAGGCGACGCGGAGAUCGUGAGAUUAAUACUCAGUCAGGGACCUUCAGUGCCAAAUGUCAAUCUUGCGACCAAAGACAACGAGACAGCGUUGCACUGUGCUGCCCAGUAUGGCCACACGGAAGUGGUGGCGCAAUUGUUGCAGUACGGAUGCGACCCCGGCAUCCGCAACAGCCGGGGCGAAUCUGCUCUCGACCUUGCCGCCCAAUAUGGAAGACUGGAAACCGUGCAGCUAUUAGUCCGAACUCAUCCAGAGCUCAUUGAACCAUUGCGCAGUUCUUCAUCGUCUCUGAUUUUUCCUCAUACCCCGCUUCAUCUUGCCUCUCGAAAUGGUCACAGAGCCGUCGUCGAAGUUCUUUUGGCUUCUGGCGUCGACGUUAAUACCCGUACUUCAGCCGGUACGGCAAUGCACGAAGCUGCUCUUUGUGGAAAGAUGGAGGUCGUACGUGCUCUUCUUGAUCGUGGUGUCGAUCUCGGAAUUCGUGACUCGCGUCAGAAUACGGUGCUCGAUCUACUCAGUCAGUUUCCACCUCACGUCACCCACGACAUUACGGCUGUUAUCAAAAGACAUCGGUCCUCCUCAGGCGUCGAGAGCGACGCUGACAGCGAAAACCUACCACCGAUACCGGUCCAAGGUGGCGACUCCCUCGGCAGCCCCUACGAAAAUGUUCGACCUGGCGAUGACAUGUCACCGACCGAAGGAACAUCCCCUACGCAGUGGCAGUUUUAUCACAAACCGCGAGACGAUGAUCGCCGCGUGUCCGGCACUUCGGUCAUGUCCUUCGAUGACGAUUUGGAAUACGAUGUGCUUGACGGAAUGAGCAACAAAGGACAGCUCCAGAUGACCGACGAGUUCUCAGAUCCAAGCUCCCUAUUCGACAGUGUCUUCAUGUCCAUGUCAGACACACUCAACUCUAUUAAUACUCUCGAAAGCUCCGACCAAACACCCGAUGACAAGCCACUAAACAUUACAAGCAACACUACACCGCUAUCACCCAAAGAUACACUACGGGGUUCUGACAGCGGUCUUUAUCAAACUCCACCGGCGCCACGUGGAAUCACCAAUGAAGGCAGUUACGCCUCGGAAGACCUGUCCUUAACAUUGCCUCCGGGAUACGGAGGUGGCAGGGAAUCCGACCAACUGAGCGUCUCUUCCUCCUCGAGCGUAGGAGGACCGAGCCCAAGGGACAGACGGUGUUUGCCCAACGAUUCCGGCACUUCUGGCAUUUACUUGCCGAUGGCACCUCUAUCCAGCUCUCAGCACAGCUCUGCAUCCAACAGUAAAGUUUCGCCAACUCCCCCGAAGAAACCACCGAGGCGAAAUCUUUCGGUAUCUCCGACGCAUCUUCAGACCCAGAUGUCCCUAUCCGCGGACUGUACUCUGGGUCCGAGUAAUUACGAGUACUUGUUCCUCGCUCGUAGCGGUGCCCGUAGCCACAUUGACCUCGAGCAGCUUCAGACUCGGCGUGAUCAGUUGCGUCACGUGACCAGAAGCGUCGAUCAGUACGUCGACAUGAAAUCUCGUCACAGUAGCGCUGGUGAAAGGCGUGAUCCUGACGUUGAACCGGUUGCCAUAACUUCCAUGUACGGUGAUAGACCGAUCAAGCUAUUAAAUCCGCGAAGGAAACUACGACGACAUUGUGAACGAGCUUAUGAGAAUUACGAGCUCGACACGAGUUCUGGCUGCGUCGACGAGUCACCGUGUAGCGAAGGCGGAGGUGGUGCGAACGAUCGUAUCUUCGUUUCCAAUGCUUUUCUCACCUUGAAAUCGUCUCAGGAAAGUUUACUCGAGGAUCAGAUACGGGAGGCAGCCAUUGAUGCGCAUGGAUUCAACGAAACUCUUGAGGCUACCGACAAAAGACUCAAACGCGUCCAGAUGACGCUUCCCACCAGUCCCACCCACUACGUACAACCACCGACACCCGAUCAUCCUCCGCCUUCGGCUCUUCAGGCGGAAAAAUCCAUUCAUGAUAGAAUUCGUCCGCUAAGUCAGGUCUACAAGAGACGCUCUCGAGACAUGGAGACCGAGACCGAGGAGGAUCUACUGCAAUUUCCACCGGGUGGAUCACUCGACGCCUCGAGCGGUUCGCUUUCGAGCGUAUCACUUUCGGACAAGAGUAUGUCGACGGACAACGUCGAGGAGUACUUCGGUGACGUGCCAUUUGCAGGUUUGCUCAAGGGUUCGGUAACGGUUGAGCGACCGCGAACUCUGCGUCGGUUACGGAACGUUUACGGUGGUCCGGGCGCAUGCGGAAUGGGCACCGGUGCGGAUGGCGGUGGAGAACUCCAUGAGGACAACGGUGACGCGUCCUUCCGGUUGUCGGAGCGCGAGCGCGACGAAAAAUCGCUGAGCAUUAUGAGCCCGUUUGAUGAGCAGGAGGAAUGGGCUAAAAUAUCUGAGAUAAUGGCUUCCUUCGGGACUGGACUCGUUCGCGAAUCUGUUUUUGUCACCGAACUCGAGAAAGAAUUUCAAACGAGAUUAGGCCUCAGUUCAGACACGAGCAGCAGUCCAAUAGUUUCCACUUCGGUCGGCCAGUGGCUGUCCAGUCUUAGCUUGGCCGAUUACGAGUCAUUAUUCAUUAACUACGGUUUCGAUGAUAUAGAAUUUAUAAACGGCGUGUUAGACGAAGCUGAUUUGAAAGACAUGGGAAUCACAAGUGAUCAAGAGCGUGCGAUUAUAAUGGAGUCCGUUCUUUCGUUGAAGAAGCGAGUAGACAAACGAGCAGGUUCCCAAGCCCGAACGGUGGAGGAGUGGCUCAACAGCAUACACCUCGACAACUAUGCGGAAACGUUCAGAAAGCACCUGUACACCGACAUGGAACGUGUCAAAAGGGUGUGGGAGGUCGAACUGGCAGCUGUACUCGAAAUCCAAAAGCCAGCACACCGCAAGAGGAUACUUGCUUCGGUUACUGGCCCUAAUCCAAGAUCCCAGGCUCGUGGAGGACCGAAUCUCGAAGACCUUAACAAGGACCUUAACACUUUGAAAACGAAUAUACAACAGCUGAAGGAAGAGAUUCGUGAAAAGUUGCCAGAGACCCCACAAGGAAACGGUAGUGGGACAAUGGUGAGUGGGACGAACGCCGCGACCUCGGGGACUCUGAGACACCGAAAAAAUAGGCCAGCACCGCAACCACCGCAACGACCGAGUUCUCACAACGGCACGAUCUCCGCCCCUGAACAGCUGGAAAUUCGUGGGCCUUCGGAGCUUUUGUUCGGCGUUCCAUCCACCCUUAAAACUCAGUGGAGGCAUCAACCCAAAACCCUACUCACUGGUUGUGUUAAUUACGUUGCCAAUUAUCUGGGAUCGACGGUCGUGAAAGAAUUGAGGGGGACCGAAUCGACGAAAAAAUCGAUACAAAAGCUGAAGAAAACCUGUCGCGAUCCAAGAGUCAGCCUGGGGAUUACCCUGGCCAUAUCUUAUCGCGGUGUCAGAUUCCUCAACUCGGUCACUAAUGAACCGAUUUGCGAGCAUGAGAUUCGCAACAUUCAUUGCGCCUGUCAAGAUGCCGAUGAUUUGACACAUUUUGCAUACAUCACCAAAGACCACACUAGUCGGACACACUUCUGUCAUGUCUUCUGUGUACCAACAAUGGACCAAGCGACCGAGGUGAUACUGACCUUGGGACAAGCUUUCGAAGUAGCUUAUCAAAUGGCGCUACGAGAUAAACUCGGGGGUCAAACAGUGCGUUCUCACUCGGCGAAUCAACUGGCUUCUGUGACGACUUCCGGUAACGUGAGCGCUGUCAAAACUGGUCCAUCGUCCGAGCAGAGCCCGGAUACGAAUUCUAGGCUUUUACCGGAUUCAAGUAUGUCUACGAUUACGACAACGAUCACGUGCAUGAACAAUUCGAAUCAAAAUUCAACCCAAAACUCAAACACCCUGAAAAAAAGUAAAGUUAAAUCGAGCUCCCAGCAAUACCAAACGACGAACGUAAACGCUAAUCCGACCAAUCACAAUUCUCAUUCCAACGCGAAUACGAACACGAGCUCAAACUCAAAUUCACACGGGAUCGCAGCCUCGCCCGUUUCGGUCUUGAAUAGUAACAAUCCAACCGGAAAUUCGAACAACGCGAGCAUCACCAAACCGUUGGUUUCUCACGGUCGUUCACAUUCGGUCAAUGACAUCAAGAUCAAUGGUAAUCAGUUGAAAUUAGCGCCAACUCCCGUCGACGAUAUUGGAAUCGGUGUUAAGGAUAUGAAAGCUGGAUCAAGAGCGCCAAUCGCACUGUCCGAGGAGUUGUAAGUUCCUUGGUGAAUUUAAACCGGAAACUUUGUUCGACGAAAUUCAUGCAGGGGCUUUGAAUAUAACGAGGAGCGACGUUGUCGAAACGAGCAAAUGGUUGAGUUAGCUUUAUAAUAAAAUCGUCGAUAAACAUUUAUUUCAACGUUUUACAAAGCUGUGAUUAGUUCAGAGGUAAAAAACCGUGGAGCCUUUUUAAAAAUAUAUUAUCUCGCGAUUGAAUGACGUUGCUCAUUCCGUAGCCCAACGAUUAUUGCUUAUAAAUUUAAGGGAAUCAAGUUUCGACGAGCGCCGAUUAAUCAGUUUGGCAUUGGCAAGGCUUUGAGGCCGUCGCCACGAAACUGAUUGAACUACGAUUUUGUGCAGCUAAAACGGUUUCAGUAAAUAUUGCUCUAGAAACUCUCUUCGCAUUCGAAAAUUCGCGGUCUAAUUAUAAAAACGCCAAAUCGUCGAACUUCGAGUUAGUUAAACCAUACGAAAAUCGUGUUAAAAUGCACAACGACUCGUUUACUUCCGAUUCAGAAAUGAACAAUGUUUGAUACGCUAUUUAAGAGACGAAAUAAAAAUCCUUCACAUUCGAACAAUUCGUACUGUUAGAGAACAAAGGGACAAAAUAAACGCACUAAAUUGUUCUCCGAACGGUUAAUAAUUUUCAUUCAACGAUUCCGAAGCGUAACGGGAGCGGGUUUUCGGCUCCAGGUAAGUUACGCAACACCAGAUUUUUUACCGUGUAUUUGAAUUUUUCUAUUUACCCUUUACACAAUCAACAAUGUGGAAAAACAAUAGACGUCCAAAUUUUUUAAACGCUCGAAUAACCCUGAAAACUCAUCUGUGCCACGAUAUCCUUUAUGACUUUAUAUCAGCAUCGUGACCUCUGCAUUCAAAUUCAGGUAUUCGAUAUUUCUAUGAAAAAAAAAAAAAAAAAAAAAAACAACAACAACAACAGCAACAACAGCAGCAAUCAUAUCGAGUGUUUGAAUUUUGUUCGAUUAGUGGUUUCUCGUGUUGGUUUGAUGGUUGUACACUGAGAGAAAAAAGUCAUUGGAACAACGAAAUGUGGCAUUACGAGGUGCCAAUGAAAAAUGUGAUCAUUACAAGAUUAAAAAUGAUUGAAUGACGGAAAUGGUUUCAGCUCAAAUUACAGAUUCAUUCUCACCGAAAACAUUGCAGUUGAAUGAAGAAAACUCUUCCAAUAACAUCAAUUUCAAUUGAAUCAAUCAUUUUUUUUUCUCAGUGAUAAAAGUUGGGAUCAUUUUUUUUGCGAGUAUUGAAAAAACUCGGGUGUUUUUGACAUUUUUUCGUUUUCUAAAAAUCUAUUGUAUAAAAAGUCCAGAAAAAAACUCAAAUGACACACGAUGCUCAAAAUGUACUCCACUCCCCUGUCAAAUUCAAAGGUCAAAGAGUCUUUUGAUAACGCGAUGAAUUCCUCGAUCUUCUCCUCCUCGAAGACCGAGAGGCUUCAUCGGAAUAAUGUCCAUUUUGUGAACUAACGAGAGCAAUUUUUCACCGGAACUAAUAGUAUUUUAUCGAGACUGAUAUAACACAAACGCGACGCCCGUCAUUGUGGUAACGAGUUGCUCAGACACUUGGGCCCUGGAAGAAUGUGGAUUGGAGAAGAAAAAUGCUUGUUCUGGGAGAGUUUACGAUUGAUGAAAAUGAAUAAAGAAAAACGUAAAACGUUACCAGUUAACAAGGGAAAAAUAAUUUUCUCGAUUUUUGAAAUACGACGGCAGAAAAGCACGAAGUGAAAAGUUUGUUACACAUUUUUCGUCCGUACAUGUAGCAUACACGAGCAUUUUGAGGCAUCUACAUUUUUUCGCAAUGGCUUUUGAGCGUGAAAAAAAUGGAGCCCAUCCAUUUUAAUCGAAAAGUUUGUCUCGACUCGAUUAUUAAGCACGCACGACGUGCGCAUUAUGAAGGUCGUUUUCCUGUAAACCAAAGAGGUGUACUCGCAACUCGUAUGUAUACGUGUGUAAAUUAAACGAGAUGAAAAAAUGAAGGUUGAAAAGAAAAUAUGAGAAAAUGAAGAAGGAAGGAAAAAAUUGAAGAAUCCACGAUGAGAUUGUAAAUCAGUAUUCGAUGCAGCAAUUAAAAAUUAUUCUGACUGAAAAAAACCUUUCUUUUGUAAAAUCGACGAAGAGACUUGGAAAAAAGAACGAAAAAAAGUAAUCUGUAAACUGCCAAAAGAUAAAUCCCACAAGCUAAAUGGGUUAUACGCACAGGUUGUUAUAAAAAUUUACACACAACGAUGUUAGAGAACACUUUGACACGUGUAGUUGAUGAAAAAAAAAAAAAAAAUAAGUAAAAUAAACACAAAUACGAAAAUAGAAAAAUACAUAACGUGAAAGAACAUCGAGUUCAAUCGGUUCUGUAGAAAAUCAAAGUUCGUAGUUUCCAAAAAUAUGAGUAUAUACAUUCAUAUUAAAUAUACAUGUAUAUAAAACGACUAUGUAGAUGUCGUUUUAUCGAAUAAGAAAAAUAACCGAAAAAUUGAAUGUAGGCUUUAAAAGUAAUGUAAAGAACACCUUUUUCGCGCGUUCAAAUACGAUGAGAUAUUCGAUUAUCGAAUCUUCCGAAUAUUUACAAACCGGCAUUUACAAUUUUUCGUAUUUAUAAGUCGCCCUCAACUCACUACGUAAUUUCAACGGCUACGAUGAUUUUUCAAGUCAUUCCACACGUCUCGUUACUGCAUUGGGACAUGUCUCGAGGGUUUUUCUUCCCAACCGAGAUUACUGAAAAGUUUGUUUCAACGCUUCCGUUAUUAGGGAAGAUCGAAGUCACUGUUUGCACAAUUUAGUCCUAGGGUACGACACAAUUUUCGAAAAGUUUUUCCAAAUCGGACCAAAAGCGUACGAUACGAAGAUGCGCGGCUCAUUCACGGUCUACCGAUCCCGAUCAAUAUUGCUUGGGAACAAUAAAUUACUCCUUACUCGAUACUUUACACGAUUAUUAUUCCAAUUUUACCUUCGGUACUAAUAUUUCGGUACGUCGCAUUAAACUUUAUGGAAUAAUGAAUAUUUGAGGAGAGUUUAAACACGUGGUUCAGUGUCAAAUUAUCUCAUAUUCUUAUUUGGAAACGAAUGGAAAUGGAUCUUCAUUUUUAUUGCCCUCCAAGAUCGAUUGUCGACGAGUCAUAAUAAACUUCGAAAUCGGACAGUCAGAUGGAAGUCAGAAAAAAAAUUCACUUAAAUGAUCGACGAAUAAUUUAAUUAAGGGGGUCCUGCUUUAGAAAGUCAAAAAAAUCGAUUGUUUUCGGACAUUUUUUAGCAUAGAAGAAAAUAACUUACCAUUGCAAACUUUUUGGCAUAUAGUUUUAAGAAUAUUUCAAAAGUACAAAACCUUUUUCUAGUUUGAGAAAUACUGAUUUGUACAUGGUUCAUGUGCAAAGUUUGAUUGUCGAAGUUUAUUCUCAGCUGUGUAGAAUGUGGAGAUCGUAAUUAUUGUCUGUAACAAAAAUUCCAACUUUUCUUUUCAUUUUCAUAUAUUUUCCUUCCAUACAAAUCUCCUAUAAAAACCCAAAAAAAUUGCAAAAUUCUAUAUUUUUAGCGAGUUUGAAAAAAAACGCUGCUAAAAAGUAGAAUAUCACUUCAGCAUGCUGUACCGAGCAUUUUAGAGCUUUUUUCAUUCAGUGCCAAUGAAAAGGGACAAAUCUAUACCACUUUGAACGAUUUUUGUAUCAUUUACAACUUACCAAUGUGGGAUUUUUUGACACACCAUCCAACCUAUCGAUAAGUCUUUAGCAAUCAUGGAUGUACGAUAUAGUAGUUGAAUCUAUCGAUGCUGUUUGAUUGAAGGAAAAAAGGAACGACCUGAAAUCGUCGGGAAUCAGAUCGCUCAAACUAUACCAAAGAAUCGGUCAUUUUCUCGUUAGCGAAAGAAAGAUAAAUGCAAAUCGAAGAGAAAAUACCGAAAUAUUAUUCAACUGUCGCGUCACAGAGCAACAACUUUUUUCCAAGCACGAUAAUUCGUUCCCGGAGAAUCCUGAUAUUGGAUUAAAUCGAUUUCUCUUUCACUUUUAAGACAACAUUUUAGCUUGAAUAUUGAAUUCUCUAAAACCGAUUGACAGUUCGUGAAAAUACAAAAAAGUUUUCUAGAUUUUUUCACAAAUCACAGAGCUGAGACUCAAGCAGAAACACUCAUUAUCCAUCAACAAUACAAAAAGUACUGAGAGCUUUCAUUUUUCAAUUACACUCGUCAGCUAACAAUCGAUGAAGAUUUUCGUCACAGUGCGGCGUAAAUUCGUAUCCGACGCCGUACCAACUAGUAGUUUUACGUGUUUAUGAAGCUCGAUUGGAAGAUUGAAAUUUUUGUUCACUUGCUUUUGGCGUGGUUUUGAGGUUUCACUGAUUUAGCGAAUUAAGGGCGGAAAAGUCGUUGACGUCAAACGGUGCUCCCUCCUUCAUUGACCAAAUGCAUUCUUUUCAGUUUGCAUGACAAAAUGUUAAUCCUGCAAAACAACUCAUUUACGCGAAUACAUCAAUAUAAACAUGUAUGUGGAUUGACAUUUUUGCUCAGCUGAUUAGCCUCCACAUUAGAUACUAAAAAGUUGUGAUGAAUUUUUUAUAAUGCAACACUGAAGUUCAAACUUAUUUCAAAACACUUUGAUUCAGUGCUGUUCCGAACACCAUUUGUCGAAGACCACUUUUCAGCCGACCAAUUACUUUUUCAUUUCAACAUGAAUAUCAGCGUUGAGUAAUCGAUUUUGAGUUCACUCAGAGUUCCAUUUUCCAAAAAAAUGAAAAACUCAAAACGACUGGGAGACCAAAGUUUGUUAUUUUCACUAUGCAUAAUCGUACACAGAAACAAUUUUACUAAUGAAUCAUCUUUGUACAGUAAAAAAUUAGUUUUAACUCGGUUUUCGUGAAAACUGAAUUAAGCGCCGCACUCGAGAAUCUUCAUGGACACGAAGUAUUGUUUUUAUGCUUCAUUGAACUAACAAGAAAAAGCGACAAAAAAGAGAGUGUGACAGAGCGUCAAGCAAAUUUGGGAGUAGCAUUCAGAGUGAAAUAAUGAAAAUCGAUUCGUUGAAAUGUAGUGAAAGAUGGAGUUAGUUCGGAAGAUUUAUCGGGCGGUCCUUGAAUACGAGAUGUACGUAUAAAUAUGAUCGAAGUUGAUACAGUGGAGACGAUAAGAUCACCGAAUUCUCGCUCACUGGGUUAUUAUGAUGAUUGUCAAAGAGGCAGCUCAAUGGCGUGUGCGAGGGUGUUGUAUACGCUGAAGUCGAGUGGCACGUUGGGGUGUCAAGCUUAAGCUCGUCAACUAUAAGUAUAAAUAUAUACAUAGUGAUGAUAAAAUAUUGGGGUGCAAAAUGCCCCCUCCCCUCUCUCUCUCUCGCUUGGAACACUCGGUAUAUGAGCAAUAAAAUAUUAAACAUUCAAUUCUCUCAAUCGAUGUCGCUAUUAGAGCAAAUAAACUAUUAUUAUUAUAAAUACGUGAUAAUAAAAAGGCGCACGUAAUUGUACCAAUUAUCGAUGUCACUCAUUUAGCGAAUUAGAGACGGAAAGGAAGCUCGUCGCACAUUUAUUCUCUCAAUUAUUAAAAUCGCGACAAUAUCUUAUUAUUCCGAGUAUAUUCGAAGGGUUGAGCGUACGUUAUUAUGCAGAGCGUUGAAGUAAGAAAUCUGGAAAUGAUUUUGGUCGCGCAUUAUCGCGAUUUAUUCGAUUGCAUAACGACAGACCUUUUUUGUAAGGAGAUCCUUAAUUUUUGUCUGUGUAACAUUGAUUCAGGAACAGUGAAAGCAGCCAAUGGCGAAAGAGAAGUUUCUGUGCCUCGGUAAACUUCAAGGAGCCCGAGAAUGUCCUGAAGUAUUAAUAUUCUGUUUGUUUUAGUUAUGUUUUAUCGGAUUUUCUUACGUGUUGUGAAAUUUCUGUGUACGAUAUCGGCGAGAAGUAAUACUCGUUAGACGGGGACGGAGAGAGAGACAGGGAGACGGAGAAAUGUUUAUGAGAAGAAAUAGGGAAAGCAGGAGCGAUUUUUUUUUCUCGAGCGCGUAUAGAGUAUAAAACAUACGCGAAAUGCGUGCUUGUGGUCGUGUAAAUAGCAGGGUUGUCCGCAAUUGUAAGAUAGGAGUAAAUUCAUUUCGUUGAUGUGCAAUGUUGUAAUUAUUAUCGAUAUUUAUUGGCAAGGCAUAACGAAUGAGUUGGUGCGGAAGCAGGAAAAAAAAAUAGAAGGAAAACAAAAUGUGCCCGGUCGUCUGGUAAAUUGCCAGCUCGGGGCAAUCAAUCAUACGAGCAAGCUUUUAAUGCUGACUGUUGGCACGAAAUGAGAGCCGGUAAUUAAAAAAGGGAUGUGUGGAAGUGGAAGAACAAAAAAACGAUGAAAAAAUCAAUAAUUAUUUCGCUCAGUGUCGUACUCGAUGCGAUACGAAUUUUGAAGGAUGUGAUAUUUUUUUUUUAUUUUUUUAUUUUAAGGAACGCGCGUCAGGGAAUUUUUGUAAUGCUCUUCUUUGUUAACUAAUUAUUCGAUUUCUUAUUUUCUCUGUAUCUCACAUUCAAUCGAUAAUCGGCUUUGCUUGAGGAUUUAUCGUCGAAAGAAUAUCUUACCUCGUCGACUAAUAUUGUAAUCUGCAAAAUAAUUGUACAAGUGCAUUAAACAAAGCAUUUGGGUCUGAAUAUAUUUGAUUGAUUUUCAAACGAUUGGAACAUCGUUUAAAGUAUUAUUAAAGAUGAUCCGGCGAAUGUACUGUAUAAGCAUCUAUCAAUCGAUGAAAAUUCUCAACAUCUUUUUACUCUCCCCCUUUAUUCGAUAAGCUGUAAGCUCCAAUUUAAUCUUAUUCACGUUGAGUCUUCACGAUAUUUUAUCUUUCAUCGAUCACUGCAAAAAUAAUUUUCAUCCGCGAUAUUUGUUCAUGGGCAUGCCUGAAGAAAAAUCAAAAAAACAAAAUGGCGAAGUGAGGGGAGGAAAAAAAUGUUCAUUUUUGAACUAUGCCAUAAUAUUGAGGCGUUCAUCGAUGCAACGCAGCCUGAUUAAAUAACCCAAACUUCCUACGUUCUUGUAUACACUAUAUUUAUUAUUGUUCAUGUUUAUUAGAAUCAUAUAUAAAUAUAUAUAUAUAUAUAUAAAUAUAUAAAUAUAAAUAUAAAUAAAAAAUAUAUAGAUCGGAGAAUAUUCCUUGAAUAUCUCCAAUAUCUUGCGAUAAUAAAAACGAGUACUUUAUGGGA